AUGGGUUCCAACCAGGACGACGUGAUCACGCAGCAGCCCGGCGCCGGAGAGGAUGGCGUGGGCAGCAGCAACGUUAACCUCGACCGACUUCCCGACCUCAUGGGCCAGUUCCCCGUUCUUAACGCUUACACUCACAUAACCUUUGGAUUUGAACUCCCACUCGAUGUCGACCGCGACGCUAUUACUUCCGCCCUUCAGACCAGCCUCGAUCGGCUGAUAGAGCUGAUCCCGUGGCUGGGAUGGCAAAUCGGUUUGGAAUCAGGGGUACGCACGACGGUUCCCUGGCCCGAGGAUACGCCCAGGGUCCUACUGCACGUCAAAAACUGCGACGACAUUGUUGUACCCAUGGCGCAGCUUCUUGCCGCAGGCAUUCCCAUCAACAAACUUGAUGCCAAAGUGUUGGCCCCCUGGCCGGCACUCCCGCAACCCCACGGGCUCACAGGUCCCGUACCAGUCAUCACCCUCCAGGCCAACUUUGUCCGCGGCGGGCUCAUCCUCAACUUCAGCUCGCAUCAUACGGUGAUGGACGGCACGGCCAACCUGCAAGUCCCGAAGCUAUUCGCCGCCAUCCUUAACGGCGAUACUAUCCCAGAAGCCGACCUCCAGCAGGCGAACCGCGACCGACGUGGCCUGAUCGAGCUCAUCCCGCGCAGCGAGCCUAUGAAGGACUACUCCCACUUGCGAGGACCGCCAGGAUAUCGAUUCACGCUCCCUGCCAGCGCGCCGAUAUGGUGCCACUUCAACAUGCCCAUGGCCUCCCUCUCCAAACUCACCAAGUCAGCGCGCGACCCCUCCCGACCCGUCAACGAAGACGACGUUCUCAUCGCCUUCUUCUGGCAGCGCCUCUGCGCCGCCCGCAUCGCCCGCGGCAUCGCUCGGGACACGGUGUCCAAGAUCUCGCGGGCCAUCGACGCGCGCGUGGCGCUGGGGAUCCCGCCAACCUACCUCGGCGCGCAGGUGCACAUGGCCAUCACGCGGCUGCCCAUGGGCCAGGUGGCGUCGCUCACGCUGCUGCAGGUGGCGCAGGUGCUGCGGCGGGCGCUGGCCGACGCCAACACGCCGUGGGCGAUCCGCAGCCUGGUGACCUUCAUCGCGCGCGAGCCAGACCGCUCCCGCCUGCUGUACAACGGCCCCCACGACGGCAACACCGACGUCGGCGCCACGUCGAGCCUGAACAUGGCCCACGCCCGCCCGCCGCAUUGGGGACCGGUGCUCGGCCCGUCCCGCUUCUUUAGUCGCUCGAAUGGGGCGCCUAUUCCGGGGUCGUUUACAGUCUAUUCGCCGGACGGCGCCGGUUUUGUGCGCAUGUGUAUCUGCUUGCCGGUGGAUGAUCUGGAGGCGUUGAAGAAGGAUGCGUUGUGGAAGCAGCAUACGAAGUUUGUUGGGUGA